AUGGCCCCUCGCGAGAAAAGUUCUCUCAAGCGAGGUCGACACAGCGCCGACGUGGACUCGCAAGAAUUGAAGAAACCGCGUCGCUCGCAAAGAAUCUCGAGCCAACAGCAUCCAGAACCGGUGGUGACGCCUGUGCUUCACGACUACUUGCCUACCCCCCUGACCCACGGAAACUCAACGGUCACGGAUAUUCGCAAUGAAAACACGGCGACGCCUCCGCUGAGUUCUGACCAGCCGGAUCGCCCGCACACUCCGCCGAAUGAGCAGUCUCAACCUCAAAUAUACUCCUCGCCACCGGGAGAUACGCAAGCUCUGUCACAGUUUAUCUAUCCUCCACGAACGUAUGCAGAUGAGGUGGACGACGAGACGGCGGAGGGUGUAUGGGGAUACCUCAUUCCCCUUGACGAUAGUGUGAGCGGUCCCUUCGUCUUGAAACAUCGCGAGGGAUGUGCCAGCCAUGAAGAGCCAACCAGAGACACGUCCGAUAAGAAAACUGCAGUAAAAAAACACAAGACCAAUCCUGCGCCCAGGGGCUACCUCGUCGGCCGUCAUCCCGAAUGUGACCUGAUUAUCAAAAGUCCGACCAUUUCCAAUCGUCACUUUUUGCUCUUCUCGGAAAAAAAGAAAGGGGAUGUGGUCGCCGUCUUGGAGGACUUGUCCAGCAACGGAACCUUUGUCAAUGACGCCUUGGUGGGCCGCAACAAGCACCGUGAGCUUGAAGACCGCGAUGAGGUCUCGAUCUUGAAUGAAGCGCGAUUCGUCUUCCGCUAUCCACGUACCCGUCACACCAGUGGCUUCCGCCACCAAUACCGGAAACUUCAACAACUUGGCAAGGGUCAUUUUGCGACGGUAUACCUGUGUGUGGAUCGAGCCACGGGGAAGCAAUAUGCCGCCAAAGUCUUUGAGAAGCGGCCAGGUGACUCUCAAAAAUCCCAGUCACAGAAUGAGGCAUUACAGCAAGAGAUUGCCCUCUUGAUGAGCGUCAAUCAUCCCAACCUCCUGUGUUUGAAAGAUACCUUUGAUGAAACGGACGGAGCCUAUCUCAUCUUGGAGCUCGCGCCUGAGGGUGAACUGUUUAAUUUAAUUGUGACCAAACAAAAGCUGAGCGAAGCGGAAACUCGGCACGUGUUUCGACAGCUCUUUGAAGGAUUGAAGUAUCUGCAUGACCGGGGCAUCGUUCAUCGUGACAUCAAACCCGAGAACAUCCUCGUGGCGGACAAGAAAUUGACCGUCAAGCUGGGUGAUUUCGGCCUUGCCAAGAUCAUUGGCGAAGACUCUUUCACCACUACUCUGUGUGGCACGCCCAGUUAUGUCGCACCGGAGAUCCUACAAGAAACCCGCCGCCGCCGAUAUACCAAGGCGGUCGACAUCUGGUCGCUCGGAGUGGUUCUUUACAUCUGCCUCUGCGGCUUUCCUCCGUUCUCCGAUGAGCUAUGCACGAAGGAAAACCCAUAUACGCUCGCGCAACAGAUCAAGAUGGGUCGUUUUGACUAUCCAUCCCCGUACUGGGAUUCCGUCGGCGACCCUGCACUGGAUCUGAUCGACAAAAUGCUCACGGUGGAUGUUGACAAACGAAUCACUGUCGACGAGUGUCUGGAGCACCCGUGGCUGACCCAAAAGUACCCUGGUUUGAAUGACAGCACCGAUGGGCUAACGGGAGCGCUCGACAAGCUGGAUUUUUCCAAGCGGAAGGUCGAGCGGGAACGCACGAUGCUGAGCAGCGUCAACGAUGUUCACUACAGUGAGCACGCAGAGGACGGCGAAGCCCCCGUCAAGGUCUACCACCAAAACGAGGCGGGCAAACGCGUACAUAAUCGGCCAUCCAAAGCGGGGCCUCGUGAGCGUUCUCCUCGAGGUGAUCGCGACCCGAAUGACUUUGUCAAUCUUGGCCAGUCUGGGGACCCUGCGCUCUAUGACGAAUGA